UGAAAUAGUCAUAUAUUUGAGAGGAUAAUGUGAUGAGUAAUAUUGGCCAAUGGAAUGGACUGAAGACCACCAUCAAUAGGGGUGAUGGUGGUCUUCUUCAUCUUCACUUACCCUUAAACCCCAGCCCUUCACCUCUUCUUUUCUUUACUCAAAAACCCAUUUCUUUAAACCCUCUAAAUCCACUCUCUUCUCAUCUUCUGCUGCAGAAGCAGCAGCAGCCCCUUCACAUCUGCUGCAGUAGGCCUUCUAGUAAGUGGGACUCAAAUGCUGAGUCCAUCAAGAACCAGAAUUUUAAUAAUCUUGAAGAUGAGGAAGAGGAGCUUGAUGAGGAGGAAUUCUUGGAACAAGGAGCUCAAUUUUUUGCUGAGUAUAUUGAAAGUAUUUGGAUCUUUAAGGUCUUCUGCUCCUACGGUUUUGUGUUAAUACCAAUUCUAAUAGUAUUGAUUUCUACUGGAGGAGCUAAAGCUUUUGCUAUGGCAUUCGCCCUUCCCAUUGGACAGUCUACGCUUUUCUUUGCAAUCCAAAAGAUACUGGACGUGAUACAAAACAAACCAACGCGCAAGAGUACAGCUAAGAAGAGACAACGCGCUGCUCCCAACUCAAGCAAGACAAACUUUUGGAGAAGAGGAGGAAGCUCCAAGACACGAAAGAGAAAGACGGGCUAUCAAUCAUGGGUGUCCAACAGUGACGUUUCAGCUAGUAAGGAUGACCGAGAGGUAUCUAGAUUCGGAGGGUGGGAUGAACUUGAUCAAGAAAUGCAAUCUAGCAAAAGUUCAGAUAAAUCAUCAGCUGAAACAGCAAAAAUACCUGUGGAAAAAGGUAAGUUAAGUAGACCAGAAGCGACUAGCGAUACGCCCCUUUUGUUAAGAUUAUUGAUUUCCAUGUUCCCAUUCUUGGCUUCAUGGACUAAAAUGCUAUAAAUAGACAGCUUUUGUUGUCUAUUUGAGUUGCUCCAGCGCAGAGGCGGAGCUUGAUUUUUGAGUCUGAGUUCUCGAUGUAGAACACAUAGCUUAUUGGAUUCUCGAUAAACUAUAUAUGUAUACAUAUUAAGUGGUUUUUUAACCACACAUACAGAGUUCGAGCCUAGAAUUUUGAGUCAAUGAGUUCUGGAUGUAGAAAACAUAGCUUAUUGGGUUCUCGAUAAACUGUAUGUUUACAUAAUUAAGUGGCUUUUUAACCACACAUACC